AUGGCCAACGAUCCGAUUACCAAAGACGCUCUCAGCGUAGAAGCAACACCGCCAUCGACACCAGAGCGGGGCGAAUCACCAAACGCCGCCAGAUCCCAAAUCAGAACCACAGGUGGGGAUGCUGCUCUUGAUAUCCUGCUCGAGAGCGGUCCGCUCCAGCAGCCCAACGAUCCGAAGCGCAUGAAACGCCUAGUCCGUCGGAUCGACACCCACAUCAUGCCGCUCAUUUGCCUCGUGUACUUCCUGCAGUAUAUCGAUAAGACCGCCAUCUCUUAUGCAAGUGUAACCGGCAUGCGCGAGAGCGCCCACCUGGUCGGUAAUCAGUUCAACUGGGUCGCUAGCAUCUUCUUCUUUGGACAGCUGACGUGGGAGUUCCCUACCAUACGACUUUUGCAGAUGUUUCCCUUGGCCAAAUACGUUAGCGUCAAUGUCACGCUCUGGGGCGGACUGUUGGCGUGUAUGGCUGCUGGCAAGAGCUAUGGCAGCCUUUUGGCACUCCGCUUCCUGCUCGGCGUGACCGAAGCAGCGGUGGUCCCAGCCUGGGUUGUCUUUACCUCGCAAUGGUAUCGUCGGGAGGAGCAAGCAUUCCGCGUAGGCUUGUGGUUCUCCAUGUGUGGGUGGGCACAGCUGUUGGGAGGCUGUUUCGCGUAUGGUGUUGCGACUCACGUCGGUGGAGACGUGCACGCGGCCCUCCGAGGAUGGCAGGUCAUCUUCCUGGUGCUUGGGCUUCUAACUGUGGUUGUGGGAACAGUGUUCUGGUUUGUGCUACCAGACUCACCGGCAACUGCGUGGUUCCUCUCGCCCCAGGAGAAAGCCGAGCACAUCGAAAGACUGCGGGGAAACGAGCAAGGUAUCGGAUCUCAGACCUUCAAAUGGGAACAGUUUUGGGAAGCACUACGAGACAUCAACACCUGGCUAUAUGCCUUCUGGGUCUUCGCGGCGAAUAUCCCCAAUUCCAUUGCCACCAGUUUUGGCAACAUUCUAGUCACGGGUAUGGGCUACACUCGCACCGACUCUCUGCUUCUUGUCACACCACUAGGUGCGUAUGAGAUCGUCGUUCUGGUGGGCGUCACGUACCUUGCGAUGAAGACCCAGCAGCGAUUGUGGUGCUGCAUCAUCACACACAUACCUUCGAUCGUAGGUGCUAUUCUGAUGGCGACGACCGACAAAGCUCCUGCAUUGGUUGGCUACUACCUCUCGGGCGGUAUCCCGAUCGGAUGGACGACUAUUCUUGGGCUGCAAGCCAGCAACGUCGCAGGAUCGACUAAGAAGAUUACCGUCACAACGAUCGGCACAAUCGCAUACACGGUUGGCAAUAUUAUUAGUCCUCAGACGUUCCAAGCAGGAGACGCGCCUCGGUAUCUGCCAGCUAAGAUCUCAAUCUGCAUCAUAUACUUCCUGUGCACGGUGGACCUGUACUUGAUUCGUAUGGUAUAUGUCCAUCGAAAUCAGAAGAGGGAUGCGGCGAAGGCGCAGCGGGGCGCGGACUAUGUCAUUGAGAAGAACCACGAGUUCAAAGAUCUUACGGAUAUUGAGAAUCCAGAGUUUCGCUACUCGCUGUGA